CUGAUAGCCCAAAUAGCUUUUUGUUUUACGUAAUCUUUUCAUUUCAUCUUUAAUAGGUUGCUGCCAUUACGUCUUCUUCUUUUCUUCAUCUUCUUCUCCUUGUUAUUAUUGCUCCUGAAUUUUUCAUCAUCAAAAAUCAUAUCAAAUACGGAGGCUUAUGCGAAUUUGUGUAAAGUUCUAGUUAUUUUGGUCAUGGAACGAAGCUCCUAUUCUUCACUUUCUAAGCUAGAAAAGGAAAAUAAUAAAUACCAAUACGAGGAUGAUAAUAUUGGUUCUGUAUGGACUCCGGAAGGAAAUAUUUCUAGUCCGUUAGGUUCAAAGUCCUCUAAACAAAAGUAUGCAUAUCCUUUUCCAGUUGAUUCAGAUGAUUUUGUUGAUGGGGGAUAUGAUUCAGGUGAUGACUCCCUUAAUUCUACGCGGAAUAAUGUGCUCCCAGAAGUGAACUUGAAAAAUGUAUUGAGUGGGUUAUUUGCGAUUGUAACUGGGCAGAACAAAGUCCCAAAUGUCUCUCCGAGUCAGCAGAACCGCAGUUCAAAUGCUUCAUUUCUCGGUUCUGGAAAGAAUGGAGAUACCUACUUGCACUCAUCGGUUUACAUACCAAGUGCCCCGCCUCUUCUUGAAUCAAGUGGAAUUAACCAUAGUGCUUACAAAGAGGUGCUGGAAGCUGAACCCCCGGAGUGGCUACCAGAUAGUUCUACAGCUUUUUGCAUGCAGUGCACUGCUCUGUUCACAGCGCUUUCUCGUGGUAGACAUCAUUGUCGGUUUUGUGGGGGGAUUUUUUGCAGAAACUGUAGUAAGGGGAGGUGCUUGCUUCCUGUUAAGUUCCGGGAAAGAAAUCCUCAGAGGGUGUGUGAUGCCUGCUAUGAUAGACUUGAUCCCUUGCAGGGCAUUCUUAUUAACACCAUAAGCAAUGCUGUUCAAGUAGCAAAGCAUGAUGUCAUGGACUGGACAUGUACAAGAGGAUGGAUAAAUCUUCCAGUUGGUUUGUCAAUGGAACAUGAAAUAUACAAAGCAUGUAAUACAUUGAGAAGUUAUUGCCAGGUUGCCCGGUUGAAUCCUGAGAAAUCCAUACCCUUGGCAGUUCUCAGAGGAGCCAAGGGCUUGGCAAUUUUGACAGUUGCCAAAGUUGGUGCACUAGUUGCAUACAAACUUGGGACUGGUCUGGUUGUUGCUCGUAGGUCAGAUGGGUCAUGGUCCGCACCAUCUGCAAUAUUAUCUGGUGGUUUAGGAUGGGGAGCACAGAUUGGGGGCGAGCUGAUGGACUUCAUUAUUGUGCUGCAUGAUCUUAAAGCUGUGAAGACAUUCUGUAGCCGAAUGCACUUUUCUCUUGGUGCUGGCUGUAGUGCUGCAGCAGGUCCUGUGGGGAGAGUGCUGGAGGCAGAUCUUCGGGCUGGAGACAGAGGUUCUGGCAUCUGCUAUACGUACAGUUGCAGCAAAGGAGCAUUUGUGGGAGUUUCCCUUGAAGGGAAUAUUGUUACAACAAGGAUGAACACAAACCUAAAAUUUUAUGGCGACCCUUAUCUAAUGACAGCUGACAUUCUACUUGGGACAGUGGAAAGACCAAAGGCUGCUGAGCCCUUGUAUAUGGCUCUCAGAGAUCUCUAUUCAAAUUUGCGCUGUUAGGUCUUUGGCGGAUGGAUGUCCUGCUAGCAUCCCGGGAUUGGCUGAUGUGCGAAAUUCUGAUAUAUGGUAAGUGAUACUACAAUUCAACUUCGAAGCCGCCAUGUCUGUGUAAAUAGUUUCAGAAUGUGGUGGAACUGUAUAAAAACAGUUAUUCAUUCGGUGACAUCGAUGUACAUGAAAGGAUAUUUAAAUCCAUGCUAAGUAUUUAAACCUUAUUGAAGCUUGUAUAUAGAGUGGACAUAUGGUUAUGUUUUA